GUAGAUCCGGCGCCCUGCUCUUAUAAAUGGUGGCUUUUCUGCCCUUGUGUCAGUCGAGACCCUGAUCUAGCUAAAUAACGUUACUUGAACAAGGUGGUGGACUGUUGCUGAAAAUACUUGCUCCGUUGUGUCUACAUUCAUUGAGUGCAUUUUGAACGUUUCUUUAACUGUUGAGCCUUCACUAAGUUUGUUCAAAGUAAACAUGGGAAACUCCCAGGCCCACCACAGCACGCAUAUGUCAGAAGAACGUAGUAAGUGCCGACUGCGGUGUAGAGAGAACCGUCUCCGGACGUCCUUCAGACAUAGGAUCGACACGGCUGAGAAAUUCACUCUGAAUGGCAGUCGACGGUGCAACAGUAUGGAAGAUUUGAAGGGCAUCAAUGACCUUGUGACGUCAGCAAAGGAGCCCACACGUUUCGGUGACGUCAAAAGCAGACGAGUCUUUCGUCGCCCUGAUGAUGAUUCUGACGUAAAAGGUUCGGUCCGGGUUGUUGACAGAAACGACAGCUUCAGACUCGGCCUCCGCAAGAGGGCGCUUGAAAACACAGCGACCACUCCGUCCACGGAGUCUUUACUUUAGUAGUUGACUCAAAUAGAACUUUUGUACAUAGGUCAAUGCAUAUCAUAUCUAAGUUAUUAACGUUAACAAGUUUGAACAUUUAGCAAUGCUAUGGGCAUUGUAACUUUUUCUAAUGCAUGAUGCGUAACAAAAUCAGUGCAAUUAAGUCAGAUUUUGAGAAUUUGUUAGCAGAGAAACAUUCCGAAUUUCAUAGUUCAAAAAGGACAAGAACAUGUUGAUAUAUAAUCGCUCUAUUUUUUAAGACAACGAUCGAUCUUACCCUAACCACCAAAUGUAUAUACACCACUCAAUUGUUGCCUAUUUCAAUCAACAACCGUUCCAAAGACGCCUUGA